UUUGCGUAUACAGUAAUAGUACAACGAUUAAGCUGUGGAAAAAACACUAAAUGCAGACGAUUUAAUUACGCGUGCUACGCACAUAUGGCAGUUAUCUGAUUUGAUGAUAAUAACAUAUGUACACGUAUCGUUCAAGUAAUAUAUUUAAUGACUUUUUAAUUCGAGUUUAAUGUCGGCAACAAAUAUGGCAGCGACGGAUGAUACAACACUUGAUUUUAAGCUCACAAUGGAAUAUCCUGACCUUCAGAAUGUUGAGGGUGAGCUAACAGUAGCAGAGAAGCAAAAAUCAAAUAUUGGAGAACCUGAAUUUAAUACUUUAGAUGAACCAGUUAAAGAAACAAUUCUCAGGGAUGUUCGUGCAGUAGGCAAAAAGUUUUAUUACGUUUUAUAUCCCAAAGAAAAGAAAAGCUUAUUGAAAGAAUGGGAUCUUUGGGGACCAUUAGUAUUGUGCACAUUCAUGGCAAUGAUAUUACAAAGUUCUUCUGAUGGACAGGAUAAUUUUAAUGAUGGAGGACCAGAAUUUGCAGAAGUUUUUGUAAUUGUAUGGAUUGGAUCUAUGGUUGUUACAUUAAAUUCCAAACUGUUGGGUGGCAAUAUGUAA